UUGCAAUUGGACUCUACAAGCACCAUCAGGUUGUGCCAGGUAGAUAUCCAACGUUAUAAAUACAUGAAGGCUGUGCAACAUUAAGGGACUCCAGUUCAACACACAAACUGCCAUGCGCAAUUGUUCAAAAAAAAAAAAAAAACCCCAACUGGUGCACUAAGGGCUAAAGCCAUCGCUCUCCGUCUACCAUGAGUUCACAGCCACAUGCUGCCAUACUUUGCAGCCCAGGCCUCGGCCACCUUAUCCCCGCCUUCGAACUCGCAAAACGACUUGUCACCCACCGGAAUUUCACCGUGACGAUCUUCGCCAUCCCAUCUCCUACUUCCAAGACUGAGUCUGAGCUCCUCAAGGCAGCCGCCACCCCUAAAUUUUUUGACAUUAUUGAACUCCCACCGCCCGACAUUUCCGGCUGUGUUGGCCCCGAUGCUGCUGUCACUACCCUCCUUGCUGUCAUGAUGCGUGAAGCACGACCUGCGUUUCGGUCAGCCAUACUUGGAAUGGAGUCUUCUCUUCGUCCUACAGUGCUUAUCGUUGACCUCUUCAGCACCGAAUCUCUGUCCAUUGGCGACGAGCUGGGGAUUCCUAAGUACGUUUACAUUGCUAGCACUGCAUGGUUCGUAGCCUUGACUGUCUACGUGCCAGUUUUUGAUAAAGAAGUGGAAGGAGAGUAUGUGGACCAGACUGAACCGCUGAGAAUUCCGGGUUGCAAGCCCGUUCAGCCCGAAGACGUGGUUGACCCGAUGCUGGACCGGAUUGACCAACAAUAUUUGGAAUAUGUAAGGAUAGAUACUAAUUUCCCGAAGAGUGAUGGGAUUUUGAUGAACACAUGGGAAGACUUGGAGCACAAAACAAUAGAUGCGUUACGGGAUGAGGGACUCUUGGGCAGAGUGGUUAAGGUGCCAGUUUAUCCCAUUGGACCAUUGACGAGGCAGGUCCAAUCAGCCGGUUCAACCUCAACCGGUAUAAGGGAUGAAGGCUUGUUUAAUUGGCUAGACAAGCAACCUUGUGAAUCUGUGAUAUUUGUGUCAUUAGGGAGUGGAGGGACUGUGUCCUUGGAGCAGAUGACAGAAAUGGCUUGGGGUUUGGAAUUGAGUCAACAAAGAUUCAUUUGGGUUGUACGACCACCGGCUAGAUCCGCAGAUGCUGCUUUUUUCACUUCAGGAAAUCAAGACGAUGACCCAUCAACCUAUUUGCCCAAAGGAUUCUUGACCCGGACUCAUGACGUUGGGUUGGUUGUGCCUCUUUGGGUGUCUCAAGUGGACAUUUUAAGUCAUCCAUCAAUAGGAGGAUUUUGGUCACAUUGUGGAUGGAACUCAAGCCUCGAGAGCAUGACCAAUGGAGUACCGAUGAUGGUUUGGCCACUCUAUGCGGAGCAGAGGAUGAACGCUACAAUGUUGACUGAGGAACUUGGUGUUGCCGUCAGAUCAAAAGUGCUACCAUCGAAGAAAAUGGUUGGCAGGGAAGAGAUAAAGGAAAUGGUGAGAAAGAUCAUGGUGGACAAAGAUGGUCAGGCCAUAAGAGGUAGGGUUAAGGGGCUUAAAUUAAGUGCUGCCAAAGCAUGGAGCGUAGGUGGUUCGUCAUAUAAUGCACUGUCUCAAAUAUCAAGUGGCAAUGAAAGAAAAUGCUAGGAGAGUUGGAGAAUGUGAAGGCUCUCAAAUAUGCUUGUUGUUUUCAAUAGGCAUUUUAACCUAAAUAAUCUUGAGAAUUGUCUUAACUUCUCAGUUUAGUCCUUAACAAUAAAAAUGAACAAACUUUAUUAGUGACCAAAUUGAGGAUUUAGGUCAAUCUUAGCAACCAUUUUAGUUAAAAAUCUGUUUGAAUAUUGUAUGAUGAUGUAUAAACAUCAAUAAGAUAUAUGGCAAAAUGGUGUGUAUUCUCUACUAU